AAAAAAUAAUAAAUUUAAGCUAUUUAGUGAUAAAUUGUAGGAAAUUAAUUUGAUUUUUGGAAUUUAAAGAUUAAAAGCAUCAAUCUCAUCCAAAAAAUGCUUCAAGAAGUCCAAAGUGAAGAAGAUUUUAAUGACAAAAUUUCAUCAGCCGGAAAUCUUCUAGUUGUCGUUGAUUUCCAUGCAACCUGGUGUGGACCAUGCAAAAAUGCUGAGCCAAAACUCGAGAAGCUUAUUGAGAGCAAUAAAGAUUUAAUUAUGAUACUGAAAGUGGACAUUGACAAGAUACCAGAGCUUAAAAAGAGAUUUGCAAUCAAAUAUGUACCGACAUUUAUAUUUUUUUGGAACGGCGAGAAACUGGACGGAGUUGUCGAUGAAGCAGAUGUGAGGAAAGUUGAGAAAUAUGUCGAUAAAUAUUUGAUUAGUAUAAGUUGAGUUUUUCGUCAAUUAA